AUGCUGCCCCUCGAGGUCCUCGUCGCCGUCCCAGUACCCUUCCUCCUCGCCCUCAUCCUCCACGUCACCUACUACCUCCUCCCCCUACUCCACCUUCUCCCGCGCCCCGGACCCCUCCUCGCUCGCAUCACAGCACUCAUCCCAAACCCUCGGCGCCGGACCCGUAACCUCCCUCGCGAGUUCUUCAACCUUCCUCCUCGGUCUACCUCCCCUAAUGGCUCAAUAUCGUCCAUCACGUCCCUCACGAUGGGCUCGGCGCUCGGCGUUCGGGGCAAAGUCAUGCUUAUGAUGGCUGCCCAGGCGGGGGUAUCAUUGAUAGCGGGAUGGGUCUACCUGACGACGGGGGUGACGGGUCGAUUGGCGGGGUUGUGCCUGGCGUUAUCGGUCAUCCCCGUCGCAGUCGGUAUCACCACCAUCACCCUCUUCUCGGCCAUGCGCCGACCGCACCAUAUCGCUAGGCACGAGCUCUCCCUCAUCCGUUCCGCCAUCUUCGGCUCCGGCGGCGUCACUCACAGCACCAUCAUCCCCCGCAUCCUCCCUUACUCUUCCCUCGCCUCUGCUUUACUCUGCGCUAUCACCGUCCUCCUCCCCUCGGCCGGCAUCUUCCUACUCAUCAUCACCUCCCUCUUGUCGGUAUCCAGCAUGGCCCUGGCAUCAUACUCGGUCCGGAGCCAAAGCCGAGCUAGGAGGGGCAUGAUUCGCCUGGCCUCUCCCUCGCCUGACUCCCGAUCUGGCCAUAGGGUCAGUAUGGCCGAGAAGCAUAGUCAAGCCUAUCAAUACUCGGACAGUAUGAUCAGCUCCCCAUCCCGCCCGCCCACUCCCCACUCCGCUUUCUCCUACUCGCCCUCUGUUCAGACACCCCAUACGCAGUCCGACUCGCGUACGCCCAAGUCCGAGGGUACCGGUAUGUCGGAGUACGACACUCCCAAGACCUCUUUGACCGAAUACACUGCCACUCCAGAGACCAUCGCCAGUUGGGACUUUACCCAUUCUCCCACCCCGUCCCUACCGACCCCUUCAUCGGCCGUCACUCGGCCACGAUCCACCUCGCCUGCGCUGCCCGAGAUCUCCUCUCCCCGCGCUGUGCCUCGCGGAUCCGCCCAGACCGCGAGCGGCCACUCCAUGCACACCAUCCCCCUCACGUCUACUCCGGGUUCCGCCCUCGGCUCGCCUGGCGGCUCCAUCCUCGCGGGCUACUCCCCGGACCCCUUCCAUCCCAUGCCGAGGGGCUUCGAAUCGCUCACACAAUUCCCCAUGACCCCUUCCCAGCUCGCCAGGCGCGCCAGCCUGGUCGAGCGCCAAAAUCGGUCCGGGUCGGCGUUUACAUUCGUCCCGUCGCAGGUCCAGACCGCGUCAGGUGGACAAGGCCGAGACUCAACCUGGACGCUCGAGUCGUACCAUUCGCUAUCGUACCAGACGCCCAAAUCGCAGGUUCGGGGUCGAGGGUCCGAUGAUCCCCGCCGAGCACCCCCGCCUCCCCCUCUCCCCUACCCCAUGCCUCUCCCUCCUACGCCAACCCUCUCUCGAAGCCAGACGCCAUGGGACCAGAGUACGUGCGGCGCGCUCGGGAAGGGCUCGACAGAGCUUCUGAUGGGCGGCGAGAGGGAAUGGGAUAUGAUCGAUCUGAGCGAUGAGGGGGAGGGGCUGGAGAGUUGGGGGAAUGGAGGGAGAGGCGUAGGAUUGCUAUCGCUUGCUGGGCUCAUGAUCUGCACCGCCUUCUCGGCGCCUCUCCUCGCUGUCGGUCUCACCCAGACCACGCAGAUCCUCUACCUCAUCUCCAUCCUCCUCCCCUCCACGCUCCUCCUCUUCUCGACAUACCUCCUCCGCCCGCGCCCUCUCCCCCUCCCCACCCAGCCACGCAACCUCAAGAAGUCCUCCAAAGCCUCCAAAGCUUCCACAUCGACUCACCAAUCCCUCGCGCUCAAAUCUGAGUCCCAGCUUUCUCUCCCCGGUACCGUCUCCCCCAAACUCACCCCGCCCGUCCGGAACCGCGCCUCCGUCCCUCUCGCCGAGAAAUGGAACAGCCUCCUUGAGCCCAAACCGUCCAUCUCGAGCUUCGGAUACCAGCCGCCUUCCGCCAGCGAGAAGAAGGGGCAUCGGCGGCAUACAGUCUAUGGCGCCCUCAGCGCGCGGGACGAUGCGUCCGAGGAGUACAGCCGUAAGAUGCUCGCGAGGCGCUCGGUCGAUAUUUGGCUGGAGGCGGGACAUGCGAAGCCUGCGGGCAAUGUGCUGGAGAGGGCGGCAGAGAUGAUUCGCCCGUCUCCUGCGCUGAGGAUACUGGAGGGACCGCCGAGGAAGGAGGGGGAGGGGAUGAUGAGGAAGUUGAGGGGAGGGGUGGUCUCGAUGUUGCUGCCGAAGCGAUUCAGCCAGAUCAUGGCUCUGCAGGAUGGAGUGGCGAACGGGAUGGAGAUGUCGACGCCGAGACGAGGGAGGGGGGUAUCGCAGUAUGAUGAUGCCGAGGACGACGAGCCGCAGAGCCCGAUCACGAUCCACAUUACCUCGCCUAGCAAGUUUGAGCGGCGGCAGAGUGGGCUGGCGCGAUACUCUAUCGGCGAGGCGAGCGAUGGCGGUGACGGGGACGGAGAAGAGGCGGAACCGGAGAUUCAGGUGGCUACGAGGGCGAGGAUGUCGGCGAGUCCGACGUACUUCUUUGGGAAGGAGCGAACGGAUGAAGGAGGGGAUGGGGAGCUGGACUGGCUGCAGUCUGCUAUACUGCCCCAGCUUAUGAGCGGGAACCAAGUCUCGCACCGCAUUCGCCCUUCCGAGCAAUUUGCGGACGCCGAGUCGCCCCGCACCAGCCGUCUCUUACGUCGCUCUUCCAUCGGUAGCGCCCCUACCCAGACGGAUCACCCCAUACCCGCCCACACCGCCUCCCCUAAUGCGAAGUCUAUCCGCCGCGAGCUCCGGCACAAGCACAGCUUCUCCCUCCCCCUCAUCGACAAAGCCAGCUUCUCGGACCUUCGGUCCCAAGUCCGCCAGGUCGGGAAAGAGCGGCAGCACGACUGGUCCAUCUACGCCGAUGGGUACGAGUACGAGUACCCCCGGCAGGUGAUUGACUUCUCGGCUGCUCCUGCCGAAGAGGCCGGGGUAGACCUUCCCGCGUUCCCGGUAGACUACUCGCAAGCUCCAUACCCCGCUACGCCGGGCAGCUAUCUCUCCACCGUGGGUGAGGGGAACGAGACGCGCAUGUCGACCAAUAUGCGCUCCCUCGCCCACCUCACUCUCUCGGCCGAGGCGCUCUGGGAGUCCCCUUCCCACGCGUACACCUCGCCCGCCUCACACACCUAUACCUCGCCGGCAUCCCAGCGAGAAAGGCUAUCAACCGACUCGCACCUCGUCGGCCAGGACAGCUUUGUCUCGGACGACGAAGCCAUGGCGCGCGAGAUGGAGCAGGUCCUCGCGAUGGACACGCCUACGCGUGCCGAGUUCGUCAUCUCUCCUACUGGGUCGGAAGCCACGACGGUGAGCGCCCGGACGUCCUGGUCAAGGAUGAGCGGGGGUCGACCGCUCUCGCGCGCCAGCUCGGCCGGGAGCGGAUGGCACGGCGUGCUGGAUAAAAAGGUGUCGGCGUCGACUAUCGCGUCGAGGCGGUCCGCUACUCGGUCGGACGAGUCGGGAUCCAGCGAGAACCAUACGUUCGGCCGCUCCGCCCCAGGCAUCGCCGUACCGCCCGUCCCGGAGCUUCCGGAAUCGAUGCGUCGACCCAUGUCGCAGACCUUUGCGCACCCCUUCCCGGUCCAUAACGCCGCAGCAUCCAUCCCGCUCCGUACAUCCGCCUCUACCGCUUCCAUCUCAACCCAGCCCGUCCCGCCGCACAAUCGCCCCGUCGCCCCACAAGCCCCGCUACACACCAUCAUGCCCCGUAAAUCGGCGGAAACGAUCCGCUCGGAGGCGUCCGACCAAUCCACCCCGCCCGUCAAGCGCCAGCCGGGAUGGCGAAUGAGCCGGCAAGAGCUCCGGCUCGUCAAGGAGCUACAGGAGCGCAAGGCCGCUGCGGAGCAAGAGGAGCGAGAGAGGAUAGGCAGGGUCGAGAAGGAGGUGGCGGCGAUAGAGACCCGGGCGAGGGUAUUGGGGAUCCCGCCUGGGACGCCGCCUUCGCCCGAGAAGAGGAAGGGACUGAAGCCGUUGAGAUUGGUCGCGAAUCGGCCGGCGUCGAUUUUGUUGGCUGGCGCUGGAGGGGCAAAACCGAAGAUGGGCGUCGAGAAGAAUCAAGGAGACGUCGGCGGGUUGAGAGCUGGUGAAAAUGGUACAGCCGGGUCGUUACCGCCUUCUACGCCGAGUCGGAAGAAGACGUCCAAGGGCGGGAGUCAGAAGAAUGAGAAUCUGCCGCCUGUGCCGACGCCCGGAUCGAGGAAGGGCGGGAAGUCGAGUAAAGGGAGUACGGGGGUGAGCGGGAUGAGCGGGAUUCGGGCUUGA